UGAACACACCCAUUCAUCCUAAAGGAAUCUUGAUGAUCUGGUUCAGGUGAGUUUUGUGUCAUUUCUGCAGAACUCAAGAGGAAAGUAAAUUCCCCGGUCAGACCUGAUAAUCUUAUGAACGAACACAACUAAUGAGAUCUGUUUAUAACCUCCACUGAAUAUCUUCAUUAAAUCUGUUCUUAUUGGAAUUAACAGCAGGAUGAAGAAGACUUUCACAAUCAUUAUUUUAUUUCUUGUGUGUGCAGGUGUGUUUGGUGAUCCAGAUAAAGUAACGUCAGUGACAGUGACGGCUGGAGAUUCAGUUACUCUACACACUGAUAUCACUAAAAUACAUGAGGAUGAUGUGAUCUGGUGGAGGUUUGGAGAAGGCGAAUCUAAAAGUCUUUUAGUUGAAAUUGCUAUAUCGAAGAUCUUGUAUGCAAGUGGGAGAUUCAGAGACAAACUGCAGAUAUCGGACAGUAAGAUCGGAGAUCUCACCAUCAUGAACAUGAAGAUCAAAUACUCUGGACUCUAUGAAGCAGAGAUCAACAUUGACACUGGAACAGUAUACAAGAGAUUUAAUGUCACUGUCAUCGAGUCUCCUCCUGUUAUUAAUGCUGGACCAAGUGAAGUGGCGUCUUUUACAGUUAAGGAGGGUGAAUCUGUUACUUUACCCUGUAAUGUUCAAACACAAAGAGAUGCUCUGAUAGUGUGGAGGUUUGGAGAUGAAAGGGCUCUAAUAGCUGAAGUUGAUAUGGAGGAUGAUAUGAUCUCAUUAUUUGAUGGUACUGAUGGAAGUUUCAAAGACAGACUGAAGCUAAAUGGUCAAACUGGAGAUCUCACCAUCACUAACAGCAAACCUGAACACUCCGGAGUUUAUCGGCUAAAGAUCAGCAGUAACAAACAGACCUUAUACAAGUCAUUCAGUGUUAUUGUAAAGGGAGCUGCAUUGUCUUCAGGUGGUAAAGCAGGAUUAUGUGUUUUCUUCCUCCUGAUUAUUGCUGCUGUUAUUGCUGCUGGCUGGAUUUUGUAUCGUCGCAGGGUCUCUGAACUCCAAUAUGAAAUGAAGACUGUGUCAGUGAUUGAGGGAAAGUCUGUCACAUUGAAUACUGGGAUGACUGAAAAUGAUCCCAAAGAUCAUAAAAUAAUCUGGAGGUUUGGAGACAAACGUGCCAUCAUUGCUCAGAUUCAUAAAAAGAUCAUUGAUGUCUCAUGUAGUGAUGAUGAGAGAUUCAAAGACAAACUUCAUCUGGAUAAGACGACUGGAGAUCUCAUCAUCAAUGAUUUCACAAUCAGGACCUCUGGAGAUUAUCACAUGGAGAUCACCAGAAAAACCAGAAUCAACAGAACCACCACAUCUAAGACAUUCAGAGUUGUUGUCCAUGACACACUAAAUGUCACAGAAGGAGAAUCUGUUGAACUACAGAGCGGCAUUUCUGAACUACAGGAUGAUGAUCAGAUACAGUGGAGAUUUGAAGCUAAAGAUGCCAUCAUAGCUGUAAGAAAGAGCAAUGAUGAGAUCUCAAUAAACUGUGAUGAUGAUGAGAUGCUCAAAAACAGACUGACGCUGAAUAAUCAGACUGGAUCUCUCGCCAUCAGAAACAUUAAAAUCUCAGACUCUGGAGUUUAUGAACUACAGAUUAAGAACCAAAAUACAACUUCAUAUAAGAAAUUCAGUUUUCUCGUAGGGCAGAAAUGGACGGAAAUGCCGGUGAUGGAGGGAGAAUCUGUCACACUACCCACUGAUCUUACUGACAUACAGAUUGAUGAUCAGAUACUGUGGAUGUUUGGACCUGAAGACAAUCUCAUAGCUAAAUUUCACAAGAAAAAGGGUUGGAUUGGUGCUGACGAGAAGAAGAAGACGCUUUAUGAUGUUGUUGAAGGGAGAUUUAAAGACAAACUAGAGCUGGAUCAGACUGGAUCUCUCACCAUCAAAGACAUUAACACUGAACUCACAGGACUUUAUAAACUACAAAUCAUCAGCAACAAAGAGACCAAAUACAAGAAAUACAAAGUUUCUCUCUAUGGUCAAGAAAGAGGCGAUAUGGCAGAUCAUAUAGAGAUGGUUUCAGAGGCGAUUCCUUUACUUCCUAUACAAACUUCACAACAGCAGCAGUAGUAUGUUAUCUAUUUAUUCAACAUUAUAUGCACACUUAUUAUACAACUGAGAGCAGCUGCCAGUGUAAAGAGAUGAAAAUCUCAAUGUGAUGUUGAACCAUAAACAAUACUUUA